GUGUCGCUGCGCAUGCGCGUCAUUUAUGUUGUUGUUUGUGGCGGUAAGAUGGCGGCGCUCGGAGACACCUCGGCCCCGGGGUUGAACGGGUUAAUACAACAAUUCACAGCAAUAACAGGGGCUACAGAGAGUGUAGGGAAGCAUAUGUUGGAAGCAUGCAACAACAACUUGGAAAUGGCAGUGACCAUGUUUCUGGAUGGAGGCGUGGUGGCUGAGGAACCCAGCACGAGUUCCAGUUCGGCAGCGUCCAGCAGCAGAGUUCCGCCUUCAGACGAAGUACGAGCGCCAAUUCCCCAGAAGCAGGACAUACUUGUGGAGCCGGAACCACUUUUUGGAGUGCCAAAGCGAAGGAGACCGGCCCGAUCCAUAUUCGAUGGCUUUAGAGACUUCCAAACAGAAACGAUCCGCCAGGAACAGGAGCUGCGGAACGGUGGCACAGUGGACAAGAAACUGAGCACCCUGGCAGACCUUUUCCGUCCUCCCAUUGAGCUGAUGCACAAAGGCAGCUUUGAGACGGCAAAGGACUGCGGCCAGUUGGAGAACAAGUGGUUGAUGAUCAACAUUCAGAACGUCCAAGAUUUUGCUUGCCAGUGCCUGAACAGAGACGUGUGGAGUAAUGACACCGUGAAGACCAUCAUUCGAGAACACUUUAUAUUCUGGCAGGUAUAUCACGACAGUGAAGAGGGACAAAGAUACAUGCAGUUCUAUAAACUCAACAAGUUUCCAUAUAUUUCCAUCUUGGAUCCUCGCACUGGUCAAAAAAUGGUGGAGUGGAACCAGCUGGACGUGGCGUCCUUUCUGGAGCAGGCCAGCGGCUUCCUGGCAGAGCACGGGCAGCUGGACGGGCCAUCCUGCGCCGCACCACCCGCUAAACGGGCUCGCUCUGAGAGUCUGAUCGAUGCCAGUGAAGACAGCCAGCUGGAGGCCGCCAUCCGGGCCUCCCUACAGGAAACUCACUACGAGUCCUCCAAUAUCCCCGACGCCCCCGACUCACCCAGGUCAGAGGACGACUCAGACGCCGAGCCCUUCUCCGACAGCGAGGGACCCAUCUCGGUCGACGGUUCCGACGGCGAAAUGGCGGAACCUCAGAAAGAGAAAAGCUCCAACAGCAAACAUCCCCCCACAGUCCCCACGGCCUCGUCUGCCCAGCAUCGUCUUCAUCUCGAUAGUACGUCUUCCUGUCACCGGAAAUCUCCAUUUAAAGAAAACAACCAUAGUCACAAAAAGGAAGAGAGCAAAAAGAACCACCUGGAACCCUCGCUCGCCGGGCCUCAUCAGACCCACACGGACGCUGACCCCCGGGGGAACUUGUGUGCGGUGGUAGCUGUCAACGCGGGGCCGUCCAAGACCUUUGAAGACAACUGUCCUGAAGACAAUGGUCCCAAGGCCAGAUUGAUGCUUCGUUACCCAGAUGGACAAAGAGAGCAAAUAUCUCUGUCUUCUCAAGCAAAGCUUAUGGCGUUGGUGAGACACGUCCAGUCCAAAGGUUACCCCAACGAAUGCUUCGAACUUGUUACCAACUUCCCGCGGCGGAAGCUCACCCACUUGGACUAUGACAUCACGCUGCAGGAGGCGGGGCUUUGUCCACAGGAAACUGUGUUUGUGCAGGAGAGGAACUAGCCCGUCGAGGACUCGAACAACUGUCGUGGACCGUAAGAGGGACUGGGGCCGGGGUUAGAGGAGGCUCGUGGUGGUUUAGGGGCCUCUCCUUUUCCUUCUCGUGGUCCCCCAAAUUCACAGCUCCUUUGGCCAGUAUCGGAUGCCAACAAGUCUUUCACUUCUUAACAGGUUUCAGGUCUUUUUUUUUUCCUCCCCCUGAAUUGCAAGCCCGUUGGAAUAGAAUGACCAUCAUAAAGCUCAUAUUCCAAUCAAAUCUUCACAUAUCAGGCUGCAGCAUUGACUCUCAGAGAAGACUUCCGAGCUUGGUCUCAAGUACUUCCUGUUAUUUCCCGUACCAGGAAACAUGAAAAGGGAGGCUCACUCUUCUCCAUUCAUUCAUUCAUUCAUUCAUUCAUUCAUUCAUUCAUUCAUUCAUUCAUUCGGACUCAACUGUGCUGUCUCGAUGCUUCAAAAAUGUGUGACAUUUCUAAAGAAGAGUGCAUCCCUCAUCUUUUUACUGGUGUUUCUAUCGCUCAAUUAGAGACGAAUGGAUGCUACGUUCCUUUUUUUUGUGCGUGUGAAAAGCCAACUUUUGAUAUGGAAUGACUGAAGGCCGGUGCGUAUCUUGUUAGUCGGUUGGACCUUUGCUGUCCAGAGAUGGCAAAGCCAGAGAGACACACACCAAGGUUAUGCUGUUAGACAUCGGUUUCUCUUUUGUUUCUUUUUUUUUUCAUUCUUUUUAUAUGCUGCCAAGAAAAUAUGCCCGUGAUAAAAUGUAACUGCAAAAAACCAAA